UCACAGUGACUGAAGAGAGAGGAGGAGGAGGGAGCGCGGCUACAUUACCAACACACACAUACACACACUGCUUACAUUACGCCGUGGAAGCGGUGCGGGAGCAGUGGGAAGUCGGUGCGCCGCGUUUCCUCUCUAUCGCCUUUUAUUUUUGGUUGUUUAAGGACUUUUUUGCUUUUAUCUCGCCUCGGCCGAGCGACCGCGAGGAUGUAUUUCUGAGCAUCAAAGAGUGAUCGGCCACAGUCCGUCCAUCCAUCAGUUUACCUUUCACCUCCAGACGGUGGUUUGGUUUGUUAGCCUACUUUUUUUUUUACUCUCAAGGACGAGUUCUCGCUGGACCGCUGAGGAAAUAUUUUCUCCCACUUUUAUAAAUGCACUUUUUAACCAUCGAGUCAUUCCUACUGGACCGUACCCGUCGCCGCUCGCGCGAGCUGACUGAGCGGCUGGUGAUGAGAUUUUAACUCGCGCUUCGCCUCCCCUCUUUUUUUUUUUUUUAUUUUGCCCUCAUGAUAUUGAGACGUGCCGCGGACUCUGCUUUCGACUCGUCACACCUCAAGUUGUCCGCGCUCGAGCUCCAGCGUGUUCCGGCGUGAGAUCGAGACGCGCGCGGCGGCCACAUUUCUCCUGUUGCUCCAGCGAAAACACGCCGGCUGCGCGUCCGCGCGCCGCUUCCUCUCCAAGUGACUCACCGCCCGACGGAGGGGACGCUUCCUCGCUCGCUUUCAGGGGAUUCUAGUGGGACCUCUCCCCCUCCUGUAGUUGUGGAAAGCGCCGCGUCGUCCCCCGCGUUCUCCGGUGAAGCGCAGUAAAUCGCCCAACAUGCCCCAACUAUCAGGCGGCGGCGACCCGGAGCUGUGCGCCACGGACGAAAUGAUCCCGUUCAAAGACGAGGGAGACCCGCACAAGGAGCAGAUCUUCGCCGAGCUCAGCCACUCGGAGGAGGAGGGGGACCUGGCCGACAUCAAGUCCUCGCUGGUCCACGAGUCGGAGAGCAGCCCCAACAGCAACAGUCACGAUGCAGCUAGACAGUCCCAAAUACCACAAGAUUCAUAUCAUGAAAAACACAGAGACCAUUUGGAAGAUGGAAAACAUCAAGACCUGUACAGUAAAGGCCACCCGUACCCGAGCUACCCGGGCUACAUCAUGAUGAGCAACAUGAACAGCGACUCCUACAUGAACAAUGGCUCCCUCUCGCCGCCCAUGCCCAGAACGUCCAACAAAGUUCCCGUGGUGCAGCCGUCGCACGCGGUCCACCCGCUCACCCCACUGAUCACGUACAGCGACGAGCACUUCGCUCCAGGAUCUCAUUCUGGACAUCACCCCCAGGAUGGCAACAACAAGCAAGGAAUGCCGAGGCAUCACCCCGGACCAGACAUGCCCAACUUCUACUCCCUGUCCCCCGGAGGAGUCGGGCAGAUCACGCCGCCGCUGGGCUGGUUCUCGCACCACAUGGUGCCCGGCCCCCCGGGUCCCCACGCCACAGGCAUCCCCCACCCGGCCAUCGUCAACCCACAGGUCAAACACGAGCCGCCGCAUGAAACGGACAUCAUGCACAUGAAAUCCCAUGACCAGCGAAAGGAGCAGGAGCCCAAGAAACCGCACAUCAAGAAGCCGCUAAACGCCUUCAUGCUCUACAUGAAAGAGAUGCGCGCCAACGUGGUCGCCGAGUGCACGCUGAAGGAGAGCGCCGCCAUCAAUCAGAUCCUGGGACGAAGGUGGCACGCUUUGUCUCGGGAGGAGCAAGCUAAGUAUUAUGAGCUCGCUCGCAAGGAACGGCAGCUCCACAUGCAGCUCUACCCAGGCUGGUCUGCCCGAGACAACUAUGGGAAGAAGAAGAAGCGGAAGAGGGAGAAGAUGCAGGAAUCGGCCACGGGUACAGGCCAGAGAAUGAAAACGGCGUACAUCUGAGAGAAUGGGGGAAAACGGACCAAUUUCUCCACAUGCAAAGCGAAGGCAGCAGCUACGGGCCCUCUGCUCGAGAUGGAGGCCUGCUAGAUUCCAUGAAGACCCUCAAAUCUCCAAACUGAAGCCUCCGCUUCUCAGAGGACCCUCUUUCCUCUCUGCCCCCCCCCCAAAACCCCACUCCCUCACCCUUCAGCACCGCCUCAUGUCGCCACCGCCUCCACCGAAGACACUUCACUGUUUGACUCUACACUCUUCCCGAAGGCACCUGCUGUAGAGACACUGAACGAGACAAUCACUUAGAAGCACCGUCACGUGACUACAUUCUCACUGAAAACCCCCAAAAACCAUCAAUUUGACGUACGUGUUUUGUCAGUUCCCUUUUCACGAAUCAGCUUUACCGCAAUCUGAGGCACUGCACUGAUAAAACAGCAGCAACUUUGAUGUGUGCACAAACGUUUUGCCCCUGCACCGCCCCCAAAGCCUCUUUUCCUAAGUUAUUGUAAGUUAUUUGUCACCUCUGUUCCUUUGUAUAGUCCAUUAGACUGACCUUCACCGACCUUCUCUCUCUCACUGGAUUUUUGAGACCAUUUGGGGAUUUACCCGAACCGACCAAACACCUCUUUUUAGACUGCACUAAGGAAGAUGGAGGGAUCUCAUCUUGUUUAAAAAAAAAAAAAAAAAACGGUCCUCAAGAUGCCAAUUUAGUUUGUCGCUGACCAGUUGGUGCAAAAGUAUCAACAAUUGGAUUUGCUUUUCUUUAGACUGAAUUUUAAUUUGAAUGUUUGUUUUUUUAUUUGUACCUUGAAUCCUUGUUUCAACUUCUCGGUGUAUAUUUUAGCAGUGUUUUUUUUAAUAUUGUUUUUUAUAUAGUGGUCUAUAUGAAAAUAAGCUUUGGACACAGGAAAGCCAUUUUUCUUGUUGAAGCGUCUUGCAGAAAAUUGACUCUUAAGGCUUCUUUUGAUAAACUAUUUGUAACAAAUAGUGACCUUGAGUCUUGCUCAGAUGUAAAAUAAUGCUCACUAUGUGUACUUUUUAAAACUGUCAGGAUAUGUCAAUUUUCUUGGUAUUUUUGCAGGCAACAUUAGGACAAAGGCGAGAGUGAUAGCUCAGAGGCCUAUAUUUUAUUGUUCUAAAACAUGACAAAUGACACAGAUAUAUAUAUUUACCCCAGCACUUGGCAGUCUUUCUUUUAUUGCAAUGGACCUUUGUCUUUUCUCUGGUAGCUAAUAGUGUGGUCUUUAGCCAUGUUGUUUAUUCCAUACAAGCAUCUCUGUAACACUUUGAUUUUAAUGCUCUAUUUUAGUAUUACUUGAUAAAUCCCUUUUUAUUAUCAUAUUCUGGAUCACUGUCAUCUUGGCAUAGCAUUUUGUUUUCCAAGUGGUCAUAUCUGAACUGUCUCAACAUGUUUUUUUCUGUUUUGUUUUUAUAAAGAAAAAAUAAAAAAAAGGCACCAUUG